AUUAAUUUGUGCUUUAUCGACUGGAUAUAUUCAUCCCGAUGAAUUCUUUCAAUCCCCAGAAAUUAUGGGCGGUGAUGUAUUUGGGUUUGAGGUAUUUAGGCCUUGGGAAUUUGAAAAAUAUCCACAAUGUCGUUCUAUAGUCAUUCCGGCUUUGACCGUCGGAUUGCCAUUUAAAUUUUUAAAAAUUUUGAAUAGUCUGAGAACAGGAUUAGGAUUUACUGAUAUCAUUAAUUCAUAUUCCAUUUUCAUGACACAAAGACUUAGUUUCUUUGUCUUGUCAUUCGUGAUAGAUUACACUGGCUAUACGUUAGCCAAAUUGUAUUAUCCGAGAAAUGCUAUAAAAUCCUUACUUGUUUUCGCAUCAUCGUAUGUUCUUCUUAUAUACCAUACUCGGCCUUUUUCAAACACCAUCGAAUCUGUCAUAUUAUCACUUUGUUAUAUUGUAUAUAUAAAAGCAACUACAUCAAUUGAGCCUCAAAUUCGAAAACAAGGCAUGUCUUCUUCAGUAAAGGAAGAAAUUUCUGUGAAUCAUGCAUUUCUUUUGGGCUCUCUUAUAUCUCUGG